AUGAGGGAGCCGCCCCUCGACGAUCCGGGCAGCCGCGCGCAGCAGCAGCGGCCGCGGGGCCAAGGCAGGGCGGAAGGCGCGCCCAGGGCGCCUGGCGGCGAGUGUCUCCGCAACGGCGCGGAGAAGGAGGAGCGCCCGAGGAGCCGCACCUGCGGAGGCUCGGCCCAGGAUCUCCGGGCCAGCCCGGCAGACCUCGGGGGGCGAUCCGGGGCGCGGCGCCCUCCCAGCCCCACGCCAAGCGGCCCCCCGCCACGAUGCGCCCUGCUCGGGGACGAGAGGCGCAGCCAGACGAGCUGCGGUUUCGGCCCUCCCGCCGGGGACCUGCCUGCCCUCCCGGGCGGGGCGCCGCAGGCCAACGGGCCGCCUUUUCCCGUCGGGGCCCCGGGCGCGCUGCCUCCCAGCGACGGCCUCCAGCAGCGGAUCCGCGAGUGGGUGGCCAGGGCGCACGGGGUCGCCCUCCAGCCGUCCGAUGACGCCUGCGAGGGAGGAGAAGAAGCAGCCUGGUCCGCCCGGCCCUCCCCGCCCAUCUCGGCUCGCAGCCCCUGCCCUUCGCCGUCGCUGCUCGACUCCCAGCUCGGCCCGCCGCCUCCCGGGCUGGAGCCGUGGCGGGAGCGCUUGCCCGUCUUCCGCAGCAUCCGGUGCCAGCUCGCCCUGCAGGACCUGGACGAGUUCCUGGAGCAGGAGAGCCCCGCCAGCGAGGACAGCAGCAGCGCCAGCGGAGGCAGCGACUCCUGUCGGGGAGAAGGCGAACCGGCCUUCCUGCACCAUCCGACUCAGAAUGGACCCCCAAUAGGGGUCGCCCGGACGCCGGGAGAAGAACCGCCCCGCAAGCCCCGAGCCAAUGGGCAGCUGGGGCCACCCAUGGGGGCAAGUGGACCACCGCGGGGCCCCCCAAGCCCAGGGCACCUCCCCCCCUUGGGCCAGAUUACUCGGGGGUCCUCCUCGGAGGAUGAGCUGCUGGAUAAAGACUCCAAGAGACCCAGUGGGCACUUGCCAAAGGCCAAGAAGUUGGCAUGCUUGCCUUCUCCAAAUCUGGAUGCCCCCUUAAGUCCGCAGGUGGCCCACCGGCAGGGCUCCCAGAACAGCACCCUGUCAGUGGAAGGGCUGGGCCUGGCCACGGACGGUUCCCCCGAACCCAGAUCUUCCUUGGUCCCUCUGGAACCCCGAGAGCACACCUGGCUGGUUAAGGUGGCCGUGGGGUCGUGGCUGCAGGUCCGGGCGCUCUUCCUAGAAGACCCCCACCUCGCCACCCGCAAGGACUUCAUUUCGGGCUACACGGUGCUCCACUGGCUGGCCAAGCACGGCAACGCGCAGGUGCUGCUGGAUUUUGUCACCGGGGCCCGGAAAGCCGGCGUGGCCCUGGAUGUCAACGUCAAGUCCGGCUGCGGCUACACCCCGUUGCACCUGGCUGCCAUGCACGGCCACCAGCUGGUCAUCCGGCUGCUGGUGCAGAAGCUGCAGUGCCAGAUCCAGGUGCGGGACAGCAGCGGCAAGAGGCCUUGGCAGUACCUGAGCAGCUCCACCUCGGGGGAGAUAUGGCAGCUCUUGGGAGCGCCCAAGGGCAAGACCAUCUUCCCCGCCCAUCCGAUCGCCCGGAGAGGCAAGAGUCCGGAUCUGGCGAGGAAGAUCAGCAGGCAAACAUCUCUGGCUGCCUACUUGAAACCGCAGCACAUUAAGUGGAAAAUGGCCAACAAGUAUCCGGCGCUGCAGGAGAGGGAGGAAUACAGUGACUAAAGAUUGGCGCUGGGUGACCAGUUUGGGAGGAAUUUGUUGGGCCUGUUAGGUGGUUGGA